AGGCCAAUCCGAGUCGGAUUUUCAAGUGAAGGAGGUGGCCAUUGCCAGUCGGAUUAGAAAGUCCUGAUACUAUAAACGAGGGCGGCGGGAACCUUAUCCUUCCCAUGGAUGCCAAGUAAAAAGCUCCCGUCUGCUUCCUUCGUUCUCCUCCUAUUUGUUCUUCUUAGAUGUAUCUCUCCCUCUCUCACCCUUUCCCCUUUCUCUCCCCCAAAACCCCAUCGGACUCCCCAUCGCUGCCAUUUCUCCCACGCUCUUCUCCCAAACCAUCCCUACGCUUCCAAAACCCUAAUCCCCCCACAUUCCAUCUCCGAACCGCCUCCGCUUCCGCGCCUGCCAACGAAACCCUUGCCAAAUCCGCCAUCCAGAGGAUCUCCGAGAAGCUCCGGAGCCUCGGCUACCUCGCUGACGACCCCACCAAGUCCGCCGACCGCCCCCCGACCGGCCCUGGCUCUGCCGGCGAGAUCUUCAUCCCCACCCCUCAGGAGCUCCCUAAGCGCCGCGUCGGCCACACCAUCGAUUCGAGCUGGAGCACCCCCGAGCACCCGGUCCCCGAACCCGGAUCCGGGGCCACCAUCACGAGGUUCCAUUAUCUGUGGAGCAGAGAGAAGGAGCAGGAGAAGGAGAAAAAGGCUUCAAAGGAAGUGGUGCCGAUGGUCGCGGAGCUGAUGAUUCCGGCAGAGGAGCUGAAGAGGCUAAGGAGUGAGGGGAUACGGCUGCAGAAGAGGCUGAAGGUGGGCAAGGCGGGUAUAACGGAGGGGAUUGUGAAUGGGAUCCAUGAGCGAUGGCGGAGGUCGGAGCUCGUGAAGAUUAAGUGCGAGGACUUGUGCCGGAUGAAUAUGAAGAGGACCCAUGAAAUAUUGGAGAGAAAAACUGGAGGUUUAGUUGUUUGGAGAUCUGGGAGUAUCAUUAUUUUAUAUAGAGGGACCAACUACAAAUAUCCUUACUUCCACUGUGGAGAUGAAAUGAAAACGAAUGCUGACGGAGAAUCUCUGGAGUCUAGCAUGGAGGACGGAGCAUUGGAUAAACAAGGGGUGAAUUCCGUGCCCUCAAGUAUUGUCAAUUCAUCGGCUGGAUCUUUUGCUACUUCAGCUCGAUCCUCUUUAGUUAUUGGUAUUGGAUCUCUGAAUAAGGUGCGACUCCAGCAACCUGGGGAAGCUCAACUUGAAGAAGAAGCCAAUCGAUUGUUAGAUGGAUUGGGCCCACGAUUUACGGAUUGGUGGGGAUAUGACCCUUUGCCUGUUGAUGCUGAUUUAUUACCAGCCAUUAUUCCUGGAUUCCGCAAACCUUUUCGUCUUCUUCCAUUUGGCAUAAAACCCAAGCUAACAGACAGGGAAAUGACUACAUUACGGAGGCUAAGUAGGCACCUACCAUGUCAUUUUGCAUUAGGGAGAAAUCGGAACCAUCAAGGUUUGGCUGUUUCCAUGAUCAAGCUAUGGGAAAAAUGUGAGGUAGUUAAGAUUGCAAUUAAGAGAGGUGUGCAGAACACAAACAGUGAGUUAAUGGCCGAGGAGUUAAAGCAAUUGACCGGAGGAACUCUUCUAUCAAGGGAUAAAGAAUACAUCAUCUUUUAUAGAGGGAAAGAUUUUCUGCCUCCUGCUGUCUCUCUUGCAAUAGAAGAGCGGAGGAAUGGUGGAAUUGGUAUACAAAAGCAGAUGACUGAUGGAAGUGGCCGGGUUGCCACUAUAGAUGCUCCUGAACCAGAGUUUGUUAGAGCUGCUUCUGUAGACGAAUCCCAUGGAAAAGCUGAAGAAAAAAGAGCCCUUUCCGCUGAAAGGAGGUUAAAGACAUCUCUUGAAAGAGUAGAGACAAAGUUAUUCCAGGUCAUGGAAAAGAAGGAAAAGGCAGAAAAGCUUUUGAAAGAGUUGGAAAAACCAGUUGAGCCUCUGAAAGUAGAAUCAGAUAAGGAGGGAAUAUCAGAAGAAGAGAGGCACAUGCUGCGGAAAGUAGGUCUAAGGAUGAAACCAUUUUUACUGCUAGGCAGGAGAGGAGUUUUUGCUGGAACAGUUGAAAAUAUGCACCUUCACUGGAAGUAUAGGGAACUUGUUAAGAUAACAUCCAAAGACCGUUGCAUCGAAAAUGUUGAAUGUGCAGCUCGGAUCUUGGAGGCUGAAAGUGGUGGUAUCCUUGUAGCUGUGGAGAGAGUGAGCAAAGGUCAUGCGAUUAUCGUAUAUCGAGGAAAGAACUACAGGAGGCCUUCAAACUUGAGGCCUCAGACAUUGUUGAGUAAAAGGGAAGCAAUGAAGUGUUCCUUGGAGGCUCAGCGCAGUGAGUCAUUGAAGCUUCAUGUCCUGAACCUUUCCAGAAAUAUAGAUCAGUUAAAGCAUCAGAUGUCUCAAGUUAAGGCUGGCUCAUUGGAAGAUUCAGUGCAAUUGACUGAGCAUGAAAGAAUAAGUUCUGCUGCUGAAACAAAUGAUCAGAGUGGGUCCACAUUAGAGGAUAGAAAUGGUUUUGUUGAUUUUACUUGUCAGCGAGAGAGCGCCGAGGAAGUUCAUGAAAUCCAUUCGGAGUCCAUGCAUUCAGAGGACCAUGGUCAUAACUCGAGGGAAAAUGGAGAAAUUGUCAAUGCACCAUCUAAUAUGGUUGGAUCUGCAUUACCUUUGAAUUCUCUAGAGCAUAAGUUGAUGAUAUCCAAGCAUGAACACGGGAAUUCUGAGACUGAAGUUGUGCGGUCUUUAUCUGAUACAAGGAAUAACACAAAUACACCCAAUGAUGAAUCAGGAUGCACUUCUGAUGGCCCUGCUUUUCAUCCAGGAAUUUUUCCGCAAGAAGCUCAGGCCUCAUGUUCUACUACCAAUAAUAUUUUUCAUGAUUCUAGCAAAGGUUUUGAUUCAUUAUUGGUGGCAACACGGAGGGAACCUGACUCAAUGGUCCAUGGAGAUGAAUUGGAACAGGAAUCUAGUGUUGAAAUGCCUUUCAAAGCUUCUCCUCUUUCAAAUCGAGAAAGGCUUAUUUUACGGAAACAAGCCCUCAAGAUGAGAAAACGUCCAGUACUGGCUGUUGGGAGGAACAAUGUCAUUUCGGGUGUUGCAAAAACAAUCAAAACACACUUCAAGAAGCAUCCUCUUGCCAUAGUAAAUAUAAAGCACAGGGCCAAAGGGACUCCGGUACAGGAGCUCAUAUUUGAACUAGAGCAAGCAACUGGGGCAGUGCUGGUGUCACGAGAACCAAACAAGGUGAUUUUGUACAGGGGUUGGGGAGAGAGAGAGACUCCUGGAGGGGUGAAGGAAGUAAAACCAUUUAAAGGGGGCAGCAAGUGUGCAGUUUCUUCUCAGCUCAUGGCAGCCAUCAGACUUGAAUGUGGUUUACAAAGCAAUGACUUGAAAUAGGUUAUCUCUAGCGGUAUGCUUCAUCGUUACUCUCCUUUUCCAGCACAACUUCAUUGGUGAUGUAAUUUGCCUACUUCUGAAUGGAUUCACUUGCCCCAGGCUCUGUUGCAGGAUUUUUUAAGAUAUCUGCAUAUAGUUGUGGGUAGCCCUGUUGUCAGAUAUAUCCUUUUGUUUUCUUCAUCUGUAAAUUAGUCUAUAUAAAUUGUUUUUUGUCAUACCAAAGUUUGGUCAAGUAUCCAUAUUGUUUGUUAUGGAAUUUUGAUUAAGGUUUCUACAAUAUUCACUAUGGAAUUAAUGUUCAAAAAGACUCAAA